CUCUUUCUCUGGUCAGCGGGGCGGGGCGCGGUAGGGCGGGGCCAAGAGUGGGCCACCCGCGCGCCUGACCCCCGCCACACGCAUGCGCCCUGGCCGUGCCGCGCCACGCCCCCCUCGCGCGCCCCGCCCCGAGUGGCCGGCGCGAGUGACGUAAGGAGGGGCGCCGCGGGCAGGGGGCGGCGGGGCAGGGGAGGAUGUGUCACGGUGACGUCAGGGGCGCAACGGCCUCUCAAAACAGUCGGUUGUGUUUACUACGAGUCAGUCACACGCGCACCUGUUAAGAGGAGACGUGGGAGCAGGCAACCCUCCCACGCCCCGGCACGUGCUUCCCACACCCAGGCACUCACGCAGCCACGGCCUCCUCCUCCUCCUUCUACCCUUUCUCAUUCUUCUUAUCCCUUUCCUUCCCUUACCACGCCCGUUCCUAACCUAUCCUUAGAAAAAAAAAUAAGAACAAAAGGAGUUCGUAAAAGACUAAUCAUCCCUCAUAUCAUCCUAUUCUCUCUACCUUUGAAUCUACCUAACCUGUUCUUGAAGGCAUCGUAUUGGCACUCACCUCAUGACUGCCAAGCCUGUUUCACUCAUCCACUUCUAUUAAACCAACUCUUGCUUUACCUACCCUAACCUAACUAAAUAUUGAUAACUCAAGUCUCCUUACGCACUCAAAUUCACAUACACCUCCUUCUCUUCCUACACUUCCUCCUCACGCACUCAUACACACACGCCCUCUCCUUCCUCCUCAAGUCCACUCACGCACUCACACGCACACAUACACGUUCUCUUCCUGCUCAAGUCUCCUCACGCUCUCACACACAUUCACGCCCCAUCUUCCUCCUCUUCAUCCUCUUCCUCCUCUUCCUCCUCCACAAACUUCUGGUGGAGGUGUGUGUACGGGAUAAGAAACAUGUUGCCGCGGGGUUGUUCCGAUGAUGGUGCCGGUGUUGCUGGUGUUGCUGGUGUUGGUCGUGGUGUUGGUUUGACGUUCGGUUCCCAGCUCGUCGAUGACUCCUCUGCAACACCUUACUCCGAUGCAACACAGACCAAGAAGCACCCGCCCAACCACGUGAAGCGGCCCAUGAACGCCUUCAUGGUGUGGUCGCAGCGGGAGAGGCGCCACAUCGUGUCCGUCACGCCCGACAUGCACAACGCCGAGAUCUCCAAGCAGCUGGGCCGCCGCUGGAAGCUGCUGACGGAGGAGCAGCGGCGGCCCUUUCGGGAGGAGGCGCAGCGGCUCAAGGUGCUUCAUCGCCUUGAAUACCCUGACUACAAGUACCGCCCCAGGAAGAAGAACCUCCGGCCCUGCCCCCCGCCGCUGCCGCCGGGGGGCCGCGGCGCCGACCCGCUGCGGGGCGUGGCGGCCGGCGGCGGCGGCCGCGUGUGCCGGGCGGCGGUGAGCCACGCCCCGCCCGCCACCGCCGCCACCGUCAGCAGGGUGAGGCAGUGCCUGCUGAGCGGCGGUCUGCGUGGCCUUGCCAAGGACGCCAGCAGGACGGAGUGUCCCACCGCAGCCCCUGUGGCGCAGCAGCCGCCGUGCCCGCCGCCGGCCACGCCGCCCCUGGACCUGCCCGACUCCCCGGAGGGCGCCGUCACGUGUGAGGAGCGGGGCUCCGGCCGCUGGCUGACCUGGGACGACGCCUACACUACUUUUGAGGACCAGCAACAACAGCAGGAGCAUCAACAACAACAGCAGCAGCAAUACCAGCAGCAGCAACAACUACUACUACUGCAGCAGGAGCAGCAGCAGGGGGAGCAGCUGAUGUCCUUCGACGCUGAGAUUCUGUGGUGCGAGGCGCUGGAGGAGCGCCCCGCCGCCCCGCCUUACCCCGUGGAGGCCCCGCCCACGCUGGCUGACUUGGACGACAUCGGAAUGAAGGACCUGGUGCCGCUGUCCCCUGACCUGACGCUGGACCUGCAUGCCCUCGGGGCAGACCUAGACUGGCUGGCGGCCCUGGGCAGCGACGGCGAGGAGGACUCGGCGCCGCAGCGACUGGCGACGCCCCCGACGCCCGCCGCCGCAGAGCCGCCCGCCGCGCCGCUGGACUGGCUGGAGUGGGACGCCUGCACCGACACCUUCAUGGCGGCCCUUAGCCUGCCCGGCCCCGUGCCACCGCCCCAGGCGCCCCAGGCUGCCGCGGCCACGGCCCCGGCGUCUGCGUGGAUGCGGCCGGCACUCGAGGCCUCCUACGCCCUCGGAGGCCCCUCCAGAUGAGUCCCGCGGCGCCGCUCCCUGCUGGCACCUCUUGUCGGCCGGCUGGUGUCCUCCCGCCGCCCUCGCCCACCCGCCUCGUCGGGUCCGCGGGCUGCCUCGUCUCUCUGAUCUCAGCGUCUCGUCUCAGCGUGAUUCGCGGCGCCGCCCCUUGACUUGUCUUAUCUGUCUCCCACCGCGGCGUCACCUCCCCCCUGGACAAAGAAGAAACAAGUCUUUCUUCCUGAGUUUGCCCAGUCACUCUCGCGUAGAUGGUGGUGAUGGUGACAGUGUACGUGUUGUGUAUGAUGUGUGUGUACAGUGUGUGUGUAUACUUUACGGGAUGUAGGUAUUUGUGUUGUGUGAACGUGUAAGUGUGUCUGUCUACCCCUUCCCCCUUCGUCCCUCUCUCUCCCUCACUCGUUAUUACUGUGAUAUCGUGUGCUUCCUAGUCUCCGCGGCGUCGUGAUGUCAACUAAAGUAUUACAUCGUUGCCAGUAAAUAACAUUCUUAUAAAAAAAACCAUUAAUAUUCAUCAACACCUGCAGUAUGUGGCGCACCUGUCCUUAAUUAAGUGUACAGGCAACUCCACGCACUUAUAUGAGGUGGCUGAUUUUUUUUCCUAGAGUUUGUUUUUUUCUACUUUUGUAUUGAUUGUAUGUGUUUGUGUUUUUAAGUGUUACGGUGUUUUGUUGUUGUGCAUACAUUUUCUUGUGUUUUUUUCAUGUUUGUUUUGAAUAUUUCCAUGUGUUUGUUGCGUUCGUUGUGUUGUGUUGUGUUGUGUUCUUGUGUUGUUUCGUUGUUAUUGAUAGUUUGCCCUGAAUGAAGACAGCGCAAACGUGUUUUUACGUUGUUUGCAGGGUGAGCAACACAAAAAAAUCUCAUGAUCUAACAAUUAAAAAAAGUGAAUGUGAUUGAGCUGGACUCCUUCGUGACCCGUAUGUGUAGCAAACAUGUACGAAACACAAAUAAUACAUGCACUAGUUUUCUUUGUAGCUGUUGUCUUUGAGUUAACGCGACACUGUAAAUAGAGGACUCUGCUCUGGUAGCAUUGUGUAAGUAAGUGUGAUGUUUUUAUACUGAAUUUUGAUGUUGUAUAAAUAUUGUAUGGCAUUUUGUAUUUUGUAUAGUAUUUGUAAGCGGGUAUACUUUCCAUCACAUUUUCUAGGCAAAAAAUUAAAAAGGAGUAAAACCAUUGUUUGGACUCCGUGGGCAGCUAAUUCUGUUGUUUUCUUUUUUUUAUGAUCGAAUUCCCAUGUCAGUGUUUGAGUGCUUAUUUAAUUAAUUUAUUUACGAAUUUAUUUAGUGCGGCUUCAAAAACUUAAGCUGUUGGUGGCAAUUGCUUUUAUUUUGCAAUUGAUAUUUUUACUCUUAUUUUUGUGAUAUGUAUAUUUAUUAACCGAUUCAUUUAUUUAUUUAUUUAUUUACUUAUUUAUUCAUUUAUCCCCAUUGUGAUACUGAUUUACCUACUCAUUCAUUUAUAACCUGCUAUCCAUCUCUCCUCCCAUUCUUUCUACCUUCCUUUCUUCUCGUCUCCUUUCCUGCCAAUCGUCCUUCCCAUUCUUCUCGUUCAUCCUUCACACGAGUUAGUUAAGAAUCAAAUACUUGGAAAACGUCUGCUGAGGCCUUCAGUAAACCCCGCGUGUGUGGUGACUGUGUGUGGUGACUCGCGGCGACCCGGACGUCCCGAGCCCCAGCAGCAGGCCAGGGUGACGGCCAGACCCACACAUCGGCGACACCGCAGGGCCAAGGGUCAAGGAGACGGAGAUGAACCCCGAGGCAAUGUGUUUUAAAUACCCGUCCUAACCCUUGCCGCCACACUUAUUCUAGCCUUCUACUUUUACUUUCCUUUCUUUUUUUCCUUUUUUACUAGUUAAGUUAUUUUUCAAAUUUCGUUUGUAUUUAUUUUGUUGUUUUUUUGUUGUUGUGAUGGUUAAAGUAUCCUCGCUUGCCUAUAAUUUGUUUUUUUCUUUUGUCGUCUCGCCAAUGGCGCUGUAUAGGCUUUGCUGGUGGGGCCUGAUGGUCUGCCCCAGCCCGUUAUGGCGCAGGCAAGUGAUUUUACAGUGGCACCAUCUUGGUUUGCUCAUGCUGCCCCCCGGGCUCAUCUUUGAUCCUCUUGAGAGAAUUUAUCCAAAGUCCGAGUUGAGAGGCGGUCUUCAGGACAGCAUGUGGGUUGUCUUAGGCCACUCGGCGGUGACUGAAAAUUGUCAGCUUGUAACCACGGGUCCACCUGGACACCUCGCCCGCACGCUGACCACUCAGCCAUCGCCUUCCUUAAUUCUUUUUUUGUAUUUUUCGUGAUAAGCACAAGUGACUCAAGUUUUAAAGGUCAACUACACUUUCUUUAAGGUCGAGCAACCUACAUGUCCGCACCUUCAUUUUCUUUGUAAUAUUGCCGGUGUGGUCGAGGUCUCAUUGCUUACCUGUAUUAUAUGCUGGGGGGUAUCACCGGUAAAUUCAGAUCUUCAAGUGUCACCUGGAUUUUUUAAGGUGGAUCAGCUCACCUGUUCGUGCCUUCUAGUUAUUGUAAUAUUAUAUUGUUUGGCAGCAAGGUGUCCGUCUGUCACCUUUGUAAUCCAACGUUAAACUGUUACCUGCAAAGGUGAUUUUAGGGGGUAUUUUUUAUCACGGUAAUGAGCUUGGUUUACCUGUGCUUACCCCAAAUGUUUUAAAGAGACAGGUGCUUCACUACUUGUUUGUAAUUUUAAUAAUUUAGUACUGACGGUGAGGAUGAAAUAUUCCACCUUCGCUCCUUUAUUCAUGUGUUGGCAACUUGGCGGUGAAACAUCCCUCCUUUUUUAUUUUUCUUCAAAUAUUAAAGGGAAGGUGAAAUGUCUCAUUUUUUUUUUAAAGGUAUUGACUACAUAACUUUGCACUCAUGCGACGUAACUUUUUAUAGGUUACUUAGACCCCAGACGGUACAGGGUUCCAAUUACUUUUAAGUUGUCUUUGCAAUCUUCAUAUUGUCGUACACAUGUCGAACUUUUUCGUGUACCUGUAUGAUUUACCUGUGUAUGAUAAAUUUACCUGUAUAAGCUUUCCUAACUACCUGUACAAACUACUUACGUACCUUUUUUUACUUCUCCUUUGACUUGUGAAGAGAAACUACCUGGUACGACGGCUGCUUAGGAGGCAACUCCGAGGAGGAUAGAAAGACGCUAUUCCCCUACAGGAAGUAAAAAUAUUUAUAUGGUGUGUGUACCUCGCCCCGUAGAGCUGCAGCAACGAUAACUUGUUUUUUGUUUAGGUGGUGCUCUUCAUCAUAUUGCCUUACCCCAAGUUUGACAGUCCAACACAUGGUCAUCGUAAGCGCCCGAACCAAACCGUAUUCUCCUCAAUGAUCCGAUAUUUCUACUCAAUACCAGAUACUCAUAAAGAGACGUCCUGUUUAGUUUCCAAAAAUUUCGUCCUCCUUUUUAUAUGAACGCCAAACACUGGAGCUACAAGGAAUUUUCGUCGUAUUUUGUGUUUAGUUAGGGAGCUUACGAACUUGUUGAUUGGACUGUAAAAUUGGCCCUUAGUAUUGUAUUGAAAUGGUGGGGAUUGUAUUUUUUUCUCUUACACCAGAAGCAGUGAGGAGUAAAAAAGAAAACAGUGAAAAAUAGCCUUCUGCCCUUCAUCCUAUUGUCUUGCUAUUGUCUUGCAUUGUUACUGUAUUUUAUUGCACUGGCAUUGUAUCUGGUUUUGUUGUUGUUGUUGAUUACAGUAGAAAAAGCAGUCAAUAAGAAAAAUAAAAACAAAUAUGGGUGUGUGAGAGUUGCAUUGUCUUUACUGCUCUUCAUCACAACUGUUGUCUUGGUAUUGUUUUCUAUAUAUUAUUCAAAGACAAAAGAAAAACAAAGUAAUAAAACCUGCAACACAACAGCUCCAGAAAAGUGGUGUUGUAUUGCAUCAUAUUGGUAUUGGUGUUGCAUUGGUAUUUGUAUUGUAAUGGUGAGUGUUGUAUGAUGUUAUAAGUGAUGGGUUUGUGAGGGCUCCAUUGUGUUGCUUCCUUGUGUUCUUGUGUUACCUUUGUGCUCUGUCCUCUUUAUCUUCCUUUUUCCUCCUCCUCCUCCUUUUUUCUUCUUCCUCCUCCUCCUCCUCCUCCUCCUUUCGCCGUACCUGUUGUUGCUGGACAAUAAAGGUGAUUUUUAAGCA